AUGGAUAACAUUAACAGCAGAAACGGGAGUAUCAACCAACCGGCUAAUAAGAAAGAUCAGAAGAAAACCACCGACGACUCGUUCCUGAAACUUCUCAGUAUUCCUGCUCCACCACCAAAUUAUCGAUCGACUCCCGACAUGAACAAGGAAAGCUGCUCCAGCGCCAGUCAAAAGACGCCGAAUACUUCACAAUUGGAACCUAGCAGCGCCUCUCUGAUUCCCCAACUUUGGAAUCCACAAUACAUGGUUGGAUUUGAACAAUUUCAGGCGCAUAUUGACGAACCAGCAGAACAGCCACUGAAUCCGAACAAUAUGGACAACAACGAGCUAAACCAGCUUCUUGACGAGUUUGAGGAUGUCUUCGCGAAGACCGGCGAGGAUGAGCGAUUCAAUCCUCAUAUGCAAGCUGAGAUGCCAGAUGGCAACAAGGAGGAAGAACAACAAGCCCAUCAGCCCCAAUCUGUGACUUCGGUCCCAAGGCAAUUUUCAGCUGAAGAACUUGCGCCGCAGAUAAUGGUUCGAAAAGCCAAAAAGCAAUUUGUUCCAGAGCAUGCUAAAGACUCAAAAUACUGGACUCGUCGCGUGAAGAACAACGCAGCUGCGAGACGAAGCCGAGAAGCGCGGCACAAGAAAGAAAAUCAAAUCCGGGUGCGUGCUGCUUGGCUUGAGAAGGAGAACAUUCGCCUCCGUGUUGAAUUGCUCGAUGCUCGUCAGCAGCUCCAGGAUCUUCACAAAUAUCGAGUGCGGGACAACAACCAGUAA